AUAGAGGAAGGGAGUUGUUAAAAAAAGAACUAAACAAAGAAAGUAAAAGGAUUCCCUGCAGCCUCGUGCAUGGUGCGACAUCACUUCUAGGAGCUUAUUUUUAGAAAGAGAGUGAGAGUAAGAAAGAGAGAGAGAGAGAGUGGUCAAAAGUGAAUAAAUCACCAUGUUCAAGUGUUGGAGUCACGUCUGCGUCCUCGUUUUAGCAGUUUUAUCGCUCUCAAGAGGACAAGAUCAGACUGCCGAACCAGGAACAGAACCCUCGUACACAGGCCAUUAUGAGACCCCAGAUGUGCUCGAUGCUGGUGGGAAUGAAGCUAACAGCACAUCGCUGCCCACGCUGUCCCCGCUGUCCCCGCUGACCACGCCUUCUCCUCAGAGCAACACAUCAAGGAACGGGACUCAGGACGACGAGAGUGAAGUAGAAAAUGACGUCUAUGGAGUCGUUGACAACUCGUCAAAAUCAGCCGGCAAUGGCAGUACAGCAUCACAGACGACCACGGUCAGUCUAACCGAGGCCAAGGACCCUGAAAGGACAACUGAGCCUAUCAGAGCGGCACCCAGACCCUCAACAACACCAGCACCAACUGGAUCAGGAUCCAGGGGUGGUUUCUCCUGGGCCUACGUGAUCCUGGUGAUGAUCAUCCUGGUGAUCAUCAUUCUGUGCGUCAUCCUCUACCAACUCAGGAGAGCCUACAGGACGCACUCCUUCGACCUCCAGAGACCUGUUCCCACCAACCGUCACAAUGAACCCGCCGGCACCUUUGAACAAAUCUACCUGGACGAGCUGGAUCAACCGGCCCCCAAAGACGAAGUAAUCAUUGAUGACUUUCCGUCUACGCCAGUCGCCAACGGCAAAACUUUACCGUCGGAGAACUCGAAUAGAGACGAUGCUCCACAGGAACAGCCAGAUUCAAACGGUGUGGAGACGUCGCCCACGAGCAACGCCAGUCCUCCGCUGGGCGACGAACAAGCCGACAACCACUCGGACAACAGCACCAACCUGUUCUUCGAUGCUGCUGGAGACGAGCAGCAGAACGAAAACAACAACAACCCAUGUAAGAUAAACAUAAACACUGAGAUUCACUAUCACCAUUAAGUCAUUGAAGGUGUUCAGUGUGAAGUGAUCCAGAUUAUUG